AUGGCCAAAUUCUCCGAGGAAACCGGCGAAAGCGGGGAAAGCGGUCGUUUUGGCGCCGGCGGUCAUCUGAAUCUGGACGCUUCCGCGUCUGUGUUCAACGCAUCUGAGCGUCCCAUUCGCGAGCCGGUCUGGGCCGGAGCUUUCAUAAUCUGCGCGGCGGUUUUCGUUCUGCGGGAGUUCUCCUGGUUCAUCCGACCGUUGCUGUCCCUUAACUCCUUCGCGUCGCGUUUCUUCUCUCUCGAAGCGCUCUCCGCGCUUGCCAUCGCCUUGGUGUCGAUCUUCCCGACCGUGUUCGUUUUCCUUGUCUGCGUUAGAAGGAUGUCCGUUAAGCUCGUCAAGUGGUGCCUCAGAGUUACUGUAGCGUUCUUCGUUAUUCACAGCCUCAUGGCGCUUCACACGCCGCCUCCGCCGCCGCCGGGAUCCCCGGCGGCUCCUGCGGCGCCUGACGCGCCCCCACAGUCCGCGAUUUCCGGGGUUCCCUUAUCCACAUCCACGUCAGCAGCCGCGCAUGGGGGUAUCGGCGGCCAAUCAGCGGCGAGCAUUUUGGAGUCUGCGGCUCCGUUCUCCAUGUCACGUUUCCUACGUGACACGUCAGCAGACGGGCCUCACAUCCACGUCAUCACUGCCACGGCUGCCAAUCACCUCGCUGCUUAUCUCAACAGGCGAAAGCUCCAGGAAGCUGCAGAACCAGUGCCAGCACAAAAUCCGAACCAGCCCGUACCCCCACCUCCUGGACCUGACCCCAACGCAAACUACGUUCUCAGUCUUGAAAUGUUCCUAACAGAUUUACUUAACGGAUUGGCCGUUCUCGCAGUGCUACUGGUCUGCAGGGACUACCACCCUCUUUCCUCCACUGUGAUUGGUCGAGCCUCCCAGGCUGUGAUGACCCGAGCCCGGGGCCUCAUAGUGGGGGUGGCGAUCUUUUCCUUCCUCUGCAUCGUCCUGUUUGUACCCGUUAUAGCCAGCCUCGUUGAGCUGGUUUUCUCCUGCAGGUUCUUAAUGCAACAGGACCCGCUGUUUGGAUCGCCUGAUUCGCCGUUUCAUGCCCAGGAGGAGAGAUGUGUCUUAUGGGGUGACACUAUAGCGGUUCAGCACUGGCUGUCACCACUCGCUGUAAUCUUCCUCUUUAUAGGCAUCUGGAUGGCGUAUCAAAUCGGCGUGACUCUCCAGUUCAUUGCCGCAGCUACAGUAGCGCAGAUCUACAGUAACGGCGACUCCAACCAAUCAGACAACGCCACCAGCAGCAGCAGGGAGGGGAGCUUGCGAGACGAAGCAGGAGGGUGGUUUGAUCGAGACGCCCUGGUGGAUCGAUGGAAUGUAGUGGCUCGGGCAGUCAAGCUGGCUUACUCUUCUUCUAUGGGAACUAUCUGUCUCGUCAGCUUUAUCCUGACGCUGGCAACGGUGGUGUCUGUGCUGCUGAAUGUUCUCGUGAUUUGGCUGUUCGGGAUGUCGGCGAUUGUUGUGGUGCCACGUGUCGCGAUCGCAUUCGCUCUCUUCAUCUUCACGUAUUUCUUCACCUGGUUCGUGGUGGUGGUGGCGGCCAUAUCAGGCCACGGCUCGCGCCGCUCGCUCGCGCUCUCCACUUCUCUGCUGCGCAACCACUUCAAAUCCGCCGUCGCUGUCAACCUCACCGCCAAGUGCAUCCUCGGAGUUAUUUCAACCGUCGUCACCCUUCUUCUCCUCCUCUUCCUUUCUAUCCUCAUGCUCCCGCUGUUCGGCCAUCUCCUCAAGUCCGACACCAUCCAAGCGCUCUUCGUCUUCCUCCCCGUUGCUCUCGCCGUGGGCAUCACGGUCUUCUCCUUCAAGCUCGUGUUCGUGCCCGUCGUCGCCACCAUGCUUGUGUGCUUCGCGCGGGAUAACCGCAUCGAGGUGGAUUCUGCUGGGGGUGCCACAGGGGGUGCUGCUGCUCCCUUGGCGACCUCACACACUGAAGAGCUGGUAGCUACAGUGGUGCCCAGGGCAACUGCUUAG